CAGACACAAAAAUGAAGAACAUCUAGCAACAAAACCCACUUCCAAUAGAACUGACGGCUACCUGAUUAAAACAAACUUUUUUCAUUUCAUUAUUUUUCUGCUUCUUUAAAGGAACAGAAAAUAUAUUCAAUUCUGUAAGUUCCCGCGAGAAAAUUUCUAGCCGUUUAAUCUGCCAUGCUCUUACCCGCCAUUUUCAACGUUCCUCAAAUUCCUUCUCAUUCUAUUCCUUAUCUUCUUCCAGCAUCUCCAUCACCCCAAAACAAGAAAAUCUCAAAAUUACCCAAAACCAGCACUAAUUACAGAACUACAUCCUGUUUUGUCUCUGUAAGCAACUCAAUUUCAUCACAACAACUAGAAGAUUAUCCAUUUUCUGGACAAAACCCAGGUUGUAAUUUCUCUUCGAAAUCGGUUUUGAUUGAGCAAUUGGAAGACCCAUCUUUGGUUGGUUCAUGGAUUCAAUCUUGUAGUAAUGUGAAAGAAGUUAGAAGAAUACAUUCGAUUGUGAUAAAGGGGUAUGAGAGGUCUGUUGUUUAUGUAGAUAAUAAUUUGAUUAGCAUGUAUAUUAGAUUUGGUAAACUAAAAGAAGCAAGGAAUGUGUUUGAUAAAAUGUCUGAAAGAAAUGUUGUGUCAUGGACAGCGGUUUUUAAUGGGUAUUUGAAAGUUGGGGUAGAUGAUGAUGAGGUGUUGAGGUUGUUUACUGAGUUUGUUGUACAAGGUGGUAGAGGGAAUUGUCAGACGUUUGUUUGUAUUUUAAAUUUGUGUUGUAGAAGAUUUGAUUUUGAGUUGGGGAGGCAGAUACAUGCUUGUAUUGUAAAAGGGAAUUGGAGUAAUGUGAUUGUUGAUAGUGCUGUUGUGUAUUUCUAUGCACAGUUUGGUGAUUUGUCUGGCGGGUUUCGAGUGUUUGAUAGAAUGCAGGAACGUGAUGUUGUGUGUUGGACGACAAUGAUUUCUGCUUGUGCACAACAUGGGCAUGGAAAGAAAGCAAUUUUGUUGUUUUCAAGGAUGUUGUCUGAGGGUUUUCGUCCCAACGAAUUUACGGUUUGUAGUGUUUUGAAGGCUUGUGGUGAGGAGCAAGAGUUGUUGUUCGGGAGACAACUUCAUGGAGUAGUUGUUAAGAAAAUGAUUAAGAAUGAUGUGUUUAUUGGGACUUCUUUGCUGGGUAUGUAUGUUAAAUGUGAGGAAGUACAUGAUGCUAGGAGAAUUUUUAAUGGAAUGAGAAGGCGGAAUAUGGUUACUUGGACUUCUAUGAUUUCAGGGUAUGCACAAAGUGGGCUUGGGGAGGACGCGAUAAAGUUGUUUCGAGUAAUGAAAAGACGGCAUAUAUGUGUGAAUAAUCUGACUGUUGUCAGCAUUCUUCAAGCUUGUGGUUCAGUUGGGGCUUCCAAGACUGGGAAGGAAGUUCAUGCACAAAUUUUAAAGAAUUCAAUAGAAAACAAUAUAUUUAUUGGAAGUACACUUGUGUGGUUUUAUUGCAAAUUUGGAGAGUACGGCUAUGCAGCGAAAGUUCUUCAGUUGAUGCCUGACAGAGAUGUUGUUGCAUGGACUGCGAUAAUCUCUGGAUGUGUUCAUCUAGGUCAUGGCGUUGAAGCUCUACAAUUCUUGAAACAGAUGUUAUUGGAAGGUGUGGAACCAAACCAGUUUACUUAUACCUCUGUCUUGAAAGCGUGUGCGAAGAUUGAUGAUGUUUUGCAAGGAAAAUGGAUACAUUCCUCUGUCAACAAGACAAAAACUUUGCCUGAUGUAUUUGUGGGCAGUGCUCUUAUUGAUAUGUAUUCGAAGUGCGGCCAUGUUUCAGAGGCAAUUCAAGUUUUUAAUAGCAUGCCCGAGAAGAACUUUGUUUCAUGGAAGUCCAUGGUUAUAGGAUAUGCAAGAAAUGGCCAAUGCAAUGAGGCUUUACAGCUCAUGUAUCGGAUGAAAGCAGAAGGCUUUGAGGUGGAUAACUACAUUAAAACAACAGUUAUCAGUGCAUGUGGGGAUAUUGAUUGGGAUUUGGAGUUUGACCAAUGCAUUGAGUUAUAGGUGACAUGUUCUAAUAUAAGUUUGAAUACAAAUUGGUGAAGAACUGAUACCGUCAGAAUUACAGAUUAUACUGAUUCGUUGUGGGGAUUUCUGGUAAUAAGGAAAUAUGAGCCUCAAUGAGCACCAACAAAAAUUGGUUGGAUAUUUGAUGUUUCGGCUCAGGAUUAAUCUAUAAUUACUGCUAAAUUAUCUCAUUGGAUAUGGCGAUGGCCUAUGAGAUCCUGUGAUUGAAGUCCUUCAAGCGCACAAUGCUCAUUAAGGUCGACUGUGCACUACCAAUAUUUCUAUUUCCAUCUGAAGUCUAUGGAUGUUUCUAAAGGUACUAUACAAGGUGUCCUAUACUUCUACAAUGUUUGGUAAUGACUGCUCGUAAUUCAUUCAAUCAACAUGCUUUGGCACCUCUGGAUAUUCGCAGGCCUUGUAAACAUUGUAAACCAUAUACAAGCGAAGGUGAUUUACCUUUGUUUCCUUAUUCUCAUAGUAGAUGCUCUUGCUAACAGAAGCACACAUCCAUCUUUCUACCAAUUUGUAAAUGCAUUUACACUGUAUUUGUUUCUGGGGUAAGGAAUGCUAUUCCGAGGAAUAUGGUUCCAUUCCUUUGCCAGUUGCUGGGUUCUGCUUAGGUGUUAUGGAUAAUCUUGCAGCAAAACGCAUUACCAUUUGCUGUUUGAUCCCUAUAUCUUCUGCAGAAGUGAAGUUCAGGCAUACAGGAUAUCUCGCGUACUAAUGAUGUAUCAUUAUAUUUCUCUUCGGAUUUACCUGUUUUGAUCAACCCAGUGUGCCGUGCUGUUGAACUCUUGGGGAAAAGAACACUGCUUCAGGUCGUAACAUAGAUCAGAGAUGCAGAGAGAGUGAAGAAUGGAUGUAAUCCAUCCCCUUAACCACUUUCCCACUGUGAAUAUCAUCUGUUAAAAUUGGUACAGUCCUGUCAACUGUGAACCAAUAAAAGUUGUUGUA